AACAGACUGGAAACAGAUACUCACCGUCGAAUUGUAGAGUCAGCUUCUUCUUCGUUGAAUCUUUUGACCUUUCUUCCAUUGUUGAUCUCUCCUUCCUUCUUCUCUCUUGUCAAUUUCUGGGCUUUACGAUUCGCUUCUUUUGGGUUUUUAGUUUAUGGGCGACGCGAAACCUGGGAUCGUCAUGGCUAACAGAGAUCGUGAGCUUCUGAUUCCAGUUGCUCAUUCCGGUGAAGAUGAUCAAGAUACUACACCUAAACCCUCUUCUUCUUCGUCGUCUUCUUCUCAUCAUUCUGGUCAAGAGACCUUUUACAAGUUGAUCAGAAGCUGGGCAUCAAAGAAGUUCAUGACUGGAUGUGUAAUCUUGCUUCCAAUGGCGAUUACUUUCUACAUUACUUGGUGGUUUAUUCAUUUCGUUGAUGGAUUUUUCUCCCCGAUAUAUACUCAUCUCGGAAUUGAUAUAUUUGGACUUGGUUUUAUCACGUCAAUUACAUUUAUCUUCUUGGUUGGGGUAUUCAUGUCUUCAUGGUUGGGUACAUCGGUUCUAAAUUUGGGAGAGUGGUUUAUCAAGCGAAUGCCAUUUGUUCGUCACAUCUACAAUGCCUCCAAGCAAAUCAGCACUGCCAUAUCACCAGAUCAAAAUACCCAGGCUUUCAAAGAAGUCGCCAUUAUAAGGCAUCCACGUAUUGGUGAAUACGCAAUUGGGUUCAUUACAUCGACUGUUGUUCUCCAGACAUACGCAGAUGAGGAGGAGCUUUGCUGUGUAUAUGUGCCAACAAAUCACCUUUACAUUGGGGACAUAUUCCUUGUUAAUACAAAAGAUGUGAUCAGACCAAAUCUUUCAGUAAGAGAAGGCAUAGAGAUCGUUGUGUCGGGAGGAAUGUCGAUGCCACAGGUUCUGUCAACACUUGAUAUGAGAACGGCUCCAGAGAGAAGUAGAAGUAGAAACUAAGAAAAAACAAAAAAAAACAAGCAAUUAGUUUUUGCAGAAAGAAAUGGUUAUGAAAUUUGCCUUGUUACAUGUCUAUGUCUUCUUCGUUUGGAAUUCUGAUUCAGUUAAUUUCACAUUUGAUGUUAAAUCAUUUAGACAACAAUUGUGGUUUUAGAAGUUAAGUUCCAUUUGUGUUUAACUGUUAACAACACUGUUGGUGUUGUCUUAUAUAUGUCCUAAUCUCUCCUGUUA